AGAAAACAAAGUUUCUUAGGAAGCAAACAAUUCCCCAGAAAAUCAAAAAGAAAAACCCGCUCGGAUUUUCAGUAGCGACUGAAAUGGAGACCUCCUACUUUUCGUUUUCUGAUUCUGAUUUCUCGACGGAAUCUUCGUUCGGUUCAUCGGAAAUGGAAUCGUCCUUCUCAUGGAGCGAGAUUUUCUCGAUCCACGGCUCCCUCGCAUUUCCCGAUGAUUUUCUCGGCAGCCAAACAUCAGGAACCGAAUCCAAAAUUGUGGUUAAGGAAGAAAUCGAAGUGAGUUCGACUGAUUUCGAGGAAGAGAAACAGAGGAAGACGCCGGAGAAGAGUUACAGAGGGGUGAGGCGGCGGCCGUGGGGGAAGUACGCGGCGGAGAUUAGGGAUUCGACGAGGCACGGAGUUAGGGUUUGGCUGGGGACUUUCGACAGCGCCGAAGCGGCGGCUUUAGCGUACGAUCAAGCGGCAUUUUCGAUGAGAGGUUCAAUGGCGGUGCUGAAUUUUCCGGUAGAAAUGGUGAGGGAAUCGCUGCAGGACAUUAAGUAUCAACUGGAGGAGGGGUGCUCGCCGGUGGUGGCUUUGAAGAGAAAACACUCGCUGAGAAGGAAAUCCGCGGCGGCGGCGGUGGAGAAGAAGAAGAAGAUAAAGAAAACUAACAAUGUGAUGAUUUUGGAAGAUUUGGGAACGGAGUAUUUGGAGGAACUUUUGAUGCUAAGUUCAUGUGAGAGUAGUCUUAAUUGAGAUUUUCCUUUUCUUCUUCUUCUUCAAUUUUUUCAUGGCUUCGUGAACUUCUCACCAGACCAAAUGUAAAUAUAUCCCUUUCAUUUUUCCAGCCAUUUUCAUUAAUUUCUUGUGAGGGUUAUAAAGAUUUGGGGGAUAUAAAUCGUAUCAAAGUAAAGUGAGGUUGAUGAUAGUGUUAUAGAGCAAGUCUUAGACUUGUGGACUAUCAAAUUUGACUUGUCAAUAAUGUAAUGUUCUUGUUUGUUCCUUUUUUUU